CCGCCCGCCCGCCCAGCCCGUGCCGGACCGCCGCCCUCCUCCCGCCCUCCAUCUGGGCCGUCGGCGCCCGCGCCCCGCGCCCCCGCUGCAGCCGCGCCGCCCCGACCGCGCGAACUUCCCGGCCGGGGGGCGGCGGCGGCGGGGCCCGGAUGGGCACUGGGGCCGGCGGCGGCGGCGGCGCCCAUGGACGCUAACCGCCCGGGCGCGUUCGUGCUGAGCAGCGCGCCGCUGGCCGCGCUGCACAACAUGGCCGAGAUGAAGACGUCGCUGUUUCCGUAUACGCUGCAGGGCCCGGCCGGCUUCAAGGCGCCCGCGCUGGGCGGCCUGGGCGCGCAACUGCCGCUCGGUACCCCGCACGGCAUCAGCGACAUCCUGGGGCGGCCCGUGGGCGCGGCGGGCGGCGGGCUCCUGGGCGGCCUGCCUCGUCUCAACGGGCUCGCCUCGUCCGCCGGCGUCUACUUCGGGCCCGCGGCCGCCGUGGCGCGCGGCUAUCCAAAGCCGCUGGCCGAGCUGCCCGGGCGCCCGCCUAUCUUCUGGCCCGGCGUGGUGCAGGGCUCGCCCUGGAGGGACCCGCGCUUGGCCGGCCCGGCCCAGGCCGGCGGGGUCCUGGACAAGGACGGCAAGAAGAAGCACUCGCGGCCGACCUUCUCGGGCCAGCAGAUCUUCGCGCUGGAGAAGACCUUCGAGCAGACCAAGUACCUGGCGGGGCCGGAGCGCGCGCGCCUUGCCUACUCUCUGGGCAUGACCGAGAGCCAAGUUAAGGUGUGGUUCCAGAACCGCCGGACCAAGUGGCGCAAGCGGCACGCGGCGGAGAUGGCGUCGGCCAAGAAGAAGCAGGACUCGGAUGCCGAGAAACUGAAAGUGGGCGGCUCGGACGCGGAGGAGGACGACGAAUACAACCGGCCCCUGGACCCCAACUCGGACGACGAGAAGAUCACGCGGCUGCUCAAGAAGCACAAACCCUCGAACUUGGCGCUGGUCAGCCCGUGCGGCGGCGGCGCGGGGGACGCCUCGUGAGGACGCGGCCGAGCCCCGGGUUCGCACCUGCC